CUGUCUUAUUCACAUUUGCUCGUGCACGCAAAACCGGGUUCAACCUCCGGGUACAUAUAACACUGGUUUGUUCUACCGUGCGAGAUAUGUGUUUCCCAUUCAAUAUGUCUACGAAGCUGGAUUUUUUCAAAUGGAGGAAACGGCGACAGCUGUCCUCCGAUAUGGACGCUCGGUUUGGAGAUGUAUCCAUCUCCGCUCCUAACGAAGGUUCUUGGAAUGAAAUGGCACAUCUGGGUCUCGGCAAUACGCAACCAUCCGAAACGAACAAGGGUGGUCGGUUGAAGACUUUGUUCCGCUCGAAGCCGGCGGAAUCACCGCCAGCUGUGGUAACGAGAGAGCAACCACCCGUUACCGUGCGGGCUGAUCCAUUCCCAGACCAGGUGCCACGCCACCCGAUGGUUGAUAUGGAGGCCCGUAAACGGUCUCUAUCUAUAUCUGGUGACGGUCGCAGAACUUCGGGUGGAAGAAGAACUGCCGGCGACAAACUAUGGGUGGCCAACGGGUCACCGAGAAGUUAUGAUAGCAACAUGUUGGACUCGCCGUCCUCUUGCAGCUGCGAUGGCGACGACGAGGACGAAGAGGAAGAGAGGCGCCAGGGUGAAAUCAGGCGAGCCAUACGAAACAGACCACAGCGAAGUCAAUCGCAAGACUCGCCUCAGAAUCGCUGGGAUCGGGCACAAAGCUACCGGCACCGGUCACCGCCGCUCGCCUCGACAGCGGUGAUGCGGCGAUAUAGCUCACAGAGCACAGCAACGUGCUCAGCAACCCCAUCAACCGCCACAUUCAGCUCAAAACACACCAGCUUAACAUCCGCCGCAUCCCACGGGCCAUAUGCACCGGCGAUCCCCCCGUUGCUGCAGGAAGAAAUUCCCCCCGUACCCAAAGUCCACAUGCCUUCUCCUUCUCUUACCCUGCCAGCCUCAUCCCCGAAUGCUCGCAACGCUCUCUGGGGAAAGAAGUCACGUGGCACAUCGGGCGACAGACGCUCCAACAAGCGGUCGACAGCCAGGACGGUCGGGCCUCAAGAGCUGGUUCCUUCUUAUGAUGAGCUCUGGGGGUACUAGCACGAGCUACGAUUUAUUCUUCAUUACUCUUCAUUUCUCCGCAUACAAUUAUUCUCUUCAGUUCGUCUUAACCUGCCAUGGCUGCGGCUCUUUCCUUUGAGUCAAUUUCUUUUCUAUCUCGGCCUUCAGGAUAGCAGUCUUAUCUGCUGCCUGAUCGGCAUUUUCUUGGUGUUCUUUCUCUGUGACACUCUAUCCUUUUUUCCUUCCUCAUGUCUAGAUUCAAGCACGAGCUGGCAGCAGCAGCAGCAGACAAAUCGUACGUAAUGGCCUAUUUAUUAUCCAUAACACUAUCCAUACACAUAUACACACUCUACAAACAGAUCGGAGCCCUAAACAGGUCACGUGACUCUAUACUCUGCUUCUCGCUCUCAACUGCCCUUGCUGGCGCCAGCAUAUUAAUUAAUUAAUUACCUCAAAUCCGGAUCUGUC